AUGAACGAUUGCGAGCCGCCGAGGCGACGGCUCAUCGGAGAUGGAAAAAUGUGCGCCACGGCUAAUCGAGUGUGAACAACCCAAUGGCCCAUCUCACUUGCAUGGGACCACGGAAGUUGACAAAAGGCCUUUUUUUGAGAUAGAGAAAAUGUACGGUAGGAAGUUUCAUUCAUCGGUUUUUUUUGGCGAAGAAAAAAAAUUUUCAGGAUUUUAACGAUUUUAUAGUAAGAUGGUUCUGAGUAAUUUGCCUCGUUAUUUUUUUUUCAGAAGAAUAUUUGAAAAUCUACCGUAUCCACAGCUUCGUUUCGAGACCUGUAAAAUAAGGAUACAUGGUUUUUGGCGGAAAAAAACGUGAAAAGGAAUUUUUUUCAAACGUAAUGCUUCUCGAUCCGAAUUUUGGAGGGGAACCGGUGAAUUUUCUUAAAAGAUGGGCCUCAUUUUGAAAAAUUUAAGGCUCAAAAUAAUUUUUUUAACGGAAGCAGAAAAUUUUUAAUGAGUAUACGGUAGUUACUGGCGUAAUUUUUGAUAAAUCCUGGUUUUUUAAAAUUCAAAUUACAGCCAACAACUAUUUUUAAACGUAUUUUUAAACUAUUAAACUAUUUUUAAAAGGUACCUAGAUCGAAAUGACGUCAUUUUUUUCAAUGAAAGCUUAGAAGUAAUUAAAACUGACGUAUAAUAUGGCUUUUUUAGUUGAAAAAUGGUUCUUUUUGGACUUUUUUCUGGCUGGAAUUAACGCUCAAACUAGCAGAAACCUCAACUUCUUGCAAGGAAGAGAGAAACUUUACAAUAAACCUUCUCCAAUGGAAACACUGUAGGAGCGGAAGCAGAGCUUAUCAAAAUACGGUCACGGCAAUCAUUGAUAAGACUGAUGGGAAAGGAAAACACGGGGGCGAUGUGAUCGCAUCAAUCACGGGCGGCUGUCAAAAAGACGACGUCGCCAAACACCCCCCGAAGGCGAACGCAUUCGUCAAUGCAGAAGACGAACUUCCGAUUCUGCUCCCAGUCCAAAGUUUGACAAGGACUUUGUUGGAAUUCGUUCUGACGGUUCUUUGGUUCUCCAAGCAGCUGGUCUCGAAAUUCGGCUAUUACUAUUCCAAGAAGGGCUUUCUUGAUCAACGACGGUUCCGUGAACCGGACAAAAGCUUUAACCAUCAUUCAGCACAGAAUCUUAUCUGAAGGCUGAAUAAAUGUAUAAAAAAAGUCUUCUUGGGUGGAAUUUUCAAACUUUGAUUUUUUUCUUUAUUUUUUACUACGUAGUUUUCUAAAGAAAGGAUUUUUUCAAUUUCUCGAGUAGAAAAAAAAGAAGCCACAGUUUCUUGUGAAAGAAAAAAACUUUUACAAUGAAAGAAUUAUUAUUUUUGAGCCGUCUUUUUCCGGAUUUUCAACUAGUUUUAAUGACGCCCUAUGAACAUUUUUUUCAAAGAAAAAUUUCACUUAUCCAGCCGAAAAAAAGUUUUGGUUUCUUUUUUUGAAAAAAAUUUUAUAUGUAUUUCAAUCAAUAUUUUUUUCAAUAUUUAUUGGUUGUUUUAGUCAGAUGGAAUCGACUUUUAGAGAUUAAAAGUUUAUAAUUGUGGAUUUCAGCUAUUUUUUUGAUGUCGUUUCAGUUUUUUUGGAGAAAAUUCACUUUUUUUUCAAUGGAAUAAGUAAAGCUCCAGUUUGACUCAAAAAAAUGGACCUUUAAAGAAAAAUUUUUUUCCAUUUUUUUAAUAGCUUUCUGUUGAAUAUGGUCUAUUCAUUAUAUAGGGAUUAUUUAGAAACUCUAUUUUGAAAGUGUUCUUUUUUUAAGCUCUUAUAUCUCUUAAAAAAAGCUCUCGAAAAAUUAAAGCAAGAAUUUUAAAAUAGAUAAAAUAAUGGAAAUGACAUUUGGCUCGAUCAAUCCACUAGAAAAUUUUGAAAAAGUCUAAAAAAAACCCUUUUUUCAACAUAAUUUUCGAAAUCACGACCAACUUUCUUCUCAUUUUGAAUCCAUCAUGUCACUUUUGAAAAUCGCCUGGUGUCUUUAAUCAAAGGCAGCUGCGCGGUAAGACGCCGGUCUGGAUUGGGUCGUAAAUACCGGGAGAUGAGCCGAGUUACGUGUCCCUUCAGAUGUUCGCCGCCGCGCCUCAGAAGAUGUCGUUGGGCCCGACAGAAAAUGAAUGAUUUUAGGCCUUUCACGUCGACAUUUACGAGCAGCCCCGGGCUUUACAAUCUCAGAUUUACCGCCUCCGACCGGCCCGUUUCUGUUGUUUACGACGUCGUGUCGGCACAAGUUAGGCCCGCUGUAAAUCUGCACCGUUUAGGGCUUCCGGUGACGUUCUCGGUUGUUUACCGGUUGCCAGGAUCUUGUUAGAUCGAUAAUUUCUCCCUGUAGGUUUUUUUUUUUGUAGAAAAAACAAGGAAAAGUGGCAAUUUUUAUUUUCAAACGUUUUUCAUAGGGGUCUGAUACAUUAUUCAAAAGCUAAACUGAACUUUAGAAUUUUUCAAAGAAAUCUUAAAAAUUUUUGAGGACCCAACGACACCCUGGAAACACAAAAAUUUAAUUUUGCAAAAAGCUUACGCAAGCCGAAUUCCCAAGCCGUCUCCGAUCCAAGUACUACCGGCUCUCAAAGUUGCUUAACUUGCCAGAUCGGACGGGAUGCACCCAGUUUCGUGGACUAUAUCGCAGCGAGUGGCGCGACAUAGCAGCGACAUAUCUCGCUGCCAUCUCGCUCAGCUCUAGCAAACUCCCGGCGCGAUAUCGGCGCGAGGUCGCGGAUUAUCGAUUGGUCACUAUUUACGUGCCAUCAAAAUUUUACUUGAAUUGUUUAAUUUUUCGUGUGUUAUAUUCUCUCUGAUUUUUUUUAUGUCUAUUUUUUUCACUUAAUAUUUCUAAAAUGUUAAUUUUACAACUAAUGUAACGCUCAUACAGUACCGUCAGAAGAGGAAAAAUAUUUUUCGCUCACAACUUCCUCGUAUAGAGCUCAAUCUUUCUGAAACUUUUUCAGCUGUGUUUCUAAGUUUUCACCACGGUGUUACAAUCAACAGUCAUCAUAUUUCCAGAGAGUUUCAAAAGGGUGAAAUCCCAUUAAAGAAAGUUGUGAUUUAAAAAAAGCGUUUUUGUAUAUAUUUUGACGGCACUGCACACCUUUCUUGAAUUUGAAAGUCCUUUUUUCGCAUUUUUUUUUCAUGUUUUAACCAAUAAUUUCAGGUUAUUAGUACUUCAAAAACAUCUAACAUUUUUUUUUCGAUCAAUAAAAGUCAAGAAAGAUCCGUGGGAGAUGGCACCGAAACUUUGCUUUUGGAUACAAUCAAUAAGAUUCUUGGUAAACUAUUUUUGAAACAGUAUAUCCAUUUUUGCUUGAAGAUAUGAUUUGCACUUUGGCGUCGAUGGGUAAGGAAAAGAAGAAAUGAGGCAUGAUUUCGAGAAAGCACGAACUGCUGUCUUGAUACAGUCGCUCCUGUGAGUUAUUCUCUUAUUCAAGGUUGGACUUUUUUCAGUAUUUCUCUUUUUUACCGGUUUUAUCAUUUAGAAAAGUUCUUGACGCAGCAAAUGAAGGAUAUGCCGAAAACUAUCAAGUCAAAGCUUACAGUAACAUUUUUAAGGGAACUUAGGGUCAAUCUGAUUGUUUAGCUUAAUUUUCUUUUUCAAAACUUCUUUCAUUUUCAUUUCGAGCCUCCCUCCUUUAUUUUUUUUUUCUAAUUUGAACUUUUAAAGAUCAUCUACGAGCUUACAAUCGGUUUACUUUUCUGUUUUUAUUGAAACUACUCUUUUCCUAGUCACAUUUUUCCCUAUGAAAAAAAUAAACGAUACACAUGUUUUUUUCCUCAUAUUGUCCUUUUUUUAUUCUUACUUGAAGCUUCACUCUUUCGCCUCAAUUCAAUCUUCUUCAGAUUUGUACAUACUUUCAGUUUACUUCGAAUUCGAAAAUGUAUCAUCAAUUAUUUGGAAAUUUCUUUAAUGCUCUCAAGUUUUUCAUUUAAAUAUAUUGUUUAUAUUAAAUAAAAAGUAAAAGAAGGUUGAUAAAGACCGAUAUGUUAUCAUGUACAACCCAAUAAAAGUAUGAAGCAUAGAAAGCAAAUCAAGAAAAGCCCAAUCGAGCUAAAAAAAUUUUUUUUGAAAGAGCGACAUAGCAGCGAGAUGUGAGCGACCUUGCGCCGAGAGGGGAGGGAUAUAGCUCGCGGCUCCCCCGCGAUAUAGCGUUUCUCUCGCUGCGACCUCGUCCGUAAAACUGGGUGUGGCGUGUUUUCAACGUGAUAUGGUCGUAAGCGACCGCCUAGGACAGUUUUGGAGCUAUGAUUGGUUUCUAACUAGGGAGCGUUUUUCACCCCCUGUUUGAAAUUUUGAUGAAACUUCGCUGAAGUGUGCUGUUAGAACUUCUGAUUCCAGAACAAGAAAAAAAAAAUUUUCGCAAUGGAUCUCGUUUUCUAGACACUUCAAAAUCUUUUGAAAUAGCCCUUUUUGACAAAAUUUGUGAAUUUUGCGGACUUUGAAGCUCUAUCACUCGAAAACAAGAUCUUUUGCGAGACAUUUCCUUUAUGUUCUGCAAUCAGGAGGUCCUAAAAUACACUUCAGCAAAGUUUCAUCAAAAGUUCAAGAGGGGGGGGAGAAUCCUCAGGACUAUGCUAAAGCCGGAAAAAACAGCUCUGGCUGGAAUUUCACGAUUUCUGAUCAAAUUCACGAUGAAAAUCGAAACUUUCUUCUAAAAUUCAGCGGGUCAGGUCUUGCAAAACCCUCAGGACUCCCCCAAAAUCCAGAAAAGAAGCUUUGACCCUUGUUAUUCAAGCUCUAGGCCAAGAUUUCACGAUUUUUGGCCAAAAUCACGGUAAAAUUCGAAACUGCCCAACUCAGUUUUUCCGGCUCAAGGUCUGGAAAAAUACUCGAGAUCAAGAAAAUAGAAGCUCUUAUCAUUCUAAUAAACAGUCCAGGCGAAAUUUCACUACUUCUGUUCAAAUUUAUGGUGAAUUUCGAAGCUCCCCCUCCCUUCCCAACUCAGUUUUUUUCCGGCAUCGGAAGAUACUCAGGAUUGCGCCAAAACACGCAAUAAAUCGGGCCAGCGAGGAUGGACGAUGAGCGGCGACAUCAAAACGCAGACGGUGAUUAACGGCGUCACAUCGAGAGAAGAAGGGGGGAGAGCAUUGUCAAAAUGUCACAUGAAAGCUCCCAUGACAAAUGACAAGGAAUCUCGGGAGGAAUUUCCUCGCGAGAGUUGCGUCCGGAGAAGAUCUCCAGUCUGGGUAAUAAAUGUGCCGACUGCCGUGACGGAUCGUCCCUUUUUUGUUUCUUUUCCCCAGGCUAAAUCUACGCAUUCCGUCUUGCAAGACGGAUGA